GACAAAAGUUCCAAAUAGGAAAUAAUGUAAUAACAAUAUAAAAAAAGUCUCUAACUUCUAAAUCUUCCACAUAAAAAAACUAUGUGUGUGAAAGUGGUGGUCCCCAAUAACAAACAACUCUCCUACAUAAGUGUGUGAGAGUAUUUGUCAAAGUAGCCGUUGCACCUCACCUUCUUUCUCUCUCAGCCUAAAAAGAGAGUCUUUUCUCAACCAGAAAUCCGUGCUCUUUAGCUCCUUCUUCUUUACAACUACGCUCCUCCCAUCCCCAGAUCAUCUUUUUUUACUUUUUCUUCUCUUGGACCCAUUCGAUCAUUUCAUCAAACACUUAACAAACACUUUCGUUGCAAUGAAUUCGACCGUUUUGGAAGCCAAAAUGGCUCUGACCCCUUUACUAUCUUCAUCAAUAACGAGCAGUAGCACCAGCAGUAGCCGCCGCAGCAGCAGCGCAAGCAGUGAAGGUGAUGAUAUCGAAAACCCACAAAGAGUUGGUCGUUUUGAGCUUCUUGAUAUCAAAUGUCAACUUCAAAACAUACCCUUUUGCGAGUUUUUCUCGUACAAGUCGUUAGCUGUACUCUCGGGCCAUAUUGGUUCGGUUUCUUGCUUGGCCUUGUGUGGUGAGUUUAUUCUCAGUGCUUCUCAAGGGAAAGAUAUCAUAGUAUGGCAGCAGCCUGAUUUAAGGCUUUUCACCAAGUUUGGACAUGGAGAUGGCUCUGUUAAAGCUCUUGUAACAACGGGGAACAAGGUGUUUACUGCUCACCAAGAUAGUAGGAUACGAGUAUGGAAGGUCUCUCGGAGGUCAGAGAAUGUUUUUCGGCUCGUGGACACACUUCCAACAACAAAAGACUAUUUGGGGAAGUUCAUGAGACAGAGGAACUAUGUCCAAACUAGAAGACACCAUAAGAAAUUAUGGAUUGAACAUGCUGAUAGUAUAUCUUGUUUGACAAUCUGUAAUGGGUUGAUUUAUUCAGGUUCAUGGGAUAAGACCUUGAAAGUUUGGAGGGUAUCUGAUUUGAAGUGUUUAGAGUCAAUUAAGGCCCAUGAUGAUGCUAUAAAUGGCCUUGUGGCAGGUAAAGGGAUAGUGUACUCAGCUUCAGCUGAUGGAAAGAUCAAAGCUUGGGGUAAAGAAGGGAAAACUACUAGUACUACAACUUGUCAUUCUCUAAAGGGUAUUUUGGAGGGUCAUAAGGAUGUGUCAGUUAAUUCAGUUGUGGUUUCUGAGGAUGGGAAGUGGGUUUACUCAGGUGGGUCAGAUGGUUUUUUAAUGGGGUGGGAAGGAAGUGGUGAUUUGACUAGUUGGAAGGUUGUUUGUGAGGUGAAAGCUCAUCAAAUGGCUGUGUUGAGUAUGUGUUUAGUAGGAGAGUUUGUGUGUAGUGGCUCAGCUGAUAAGAGUAUAGGGAUUUGGAAGAGACAAGCUUAUGGUAAGGUUUGUAAAGUUGGGGUCAUUAGUGGCCAUGAAGGACCGGUCAAGUGCUUACAAGCAUCACCAAAUAAUGUUGGUGGUGGGUUCUUGUUGUAUAGUGGAAGCUUAGAUAAGAGUUUAAGAGUUUGGUGGGUUCCAAAGCACUCAUCUAAAGAAGAAGAAGAAGAAGAAGAAGAAGAAGAUAUCUCUACAAGAAGAAGUUGACAAGAGAAAUCUAUGGUCUUGUGUUGACAAAGUUUUCAAGGGUUCAUGAGUAAAGAAGUACACAACUUUUUGUUUUGUUUAAAGACUUUUUUUUGUUUUUGUUUUUUCUGUUCAUAGUUUGUGUGAGGAUUGAUAUAGUUGCAGGUAUACAAGUGCAGAAAAGGGCAACUUUGAGUUCUUGAGUUUUUUUUCUUCUUGUUUUUCUUGUGAAAUACUCAACUUGAUUUUCAAAGAGUUGAGUGUUAAAUUUAGGAUAAUGUCAGGGGGGAAUUGGUGUGAUUUUUAUUUUUCUUUUUGUUUUGGUUACCUAUAGUCUUUACAUAGUUUCUUGUCAAUUGUAAUCAAGAUUCCAAAGUACUUAAUCAAUGAAAUGAAAUAACAUUAUUUAUUAGUUUAAUAAUUA